CAAUGAAAAAGAAACUCACGCGCUUACUUACCCCUCCUGUAUUUCGCUCUUUCCCAACUGGCACAAAGCAAGCACCAUCACUUGCCAAUUAAUUCACACCUCUCUCUCUCUCCACACUCACCGCUUCUCCGAUGCCGUUGCAUAACGACGGUGACUGUACCUUAACGGAGCUCAUCUCCUCCCUCCUCGACCGCAUCCCCAAGCUUCUCAGCUUCAAAUCCAAAUGGUCCUCGAUCCGCGUUAAACUCGCCGAUCUCAACACUCACCUCUCCGAUAUCGCCGCCUCUUCUUCUUCUUCUUCUUCUUCUUCCAACCAGCUAGCUCUGGAUCUCCUCCUCUCCGCUCGAGAGACGCUGCACGACGCCGCCUCCGUCGCGGCGAGGUGCGAGGGACCGGAUUUAUCCGACGGAAAGCUCAAAACGCAGAGCGACGUCGAUUCAAUCACGGCUCGGCUCGAUCGCCACGCGAAAGACGCUGAGGUUCUGAUCAGAAGCGGUCUUCUCAACGAAAUCGUUUCGGUUUCAUCUAAGAAGGAAGCUGCGGCGAGGAAUCUAGUUAUCCGGUUACAGAUCGGUGAACCGGAAUCGAAGAACUCAGCGAUCGAAUCGUUGCUCGAGCUGCUUCAGGAAGAUGAUAAGAACGUGAUGAUCUCAGUAGCUCAAGGAGUUGUUCCCGUUCUUGUUCGAUUGCUCGAUUCGUGUAGCCUGAGCGUGAAGGAGAAGGUUGUAGCUGUGAUUUCAAGAAUCUCGUCCGUGGAGAGUAGUAAACACGUGUUGAUAGCUGAAGGAUUGUCUCUGCUGAAUCACCUCCUUCGCGUGUUGGAAUCAGGGAGUGGUUUUGGUAAAGACAAGGCUUGUGUUGCUCUGCAAGCUCUGAGUCUGUCCAAGGAGAACGCCAGAGCGAUUGGCUGUAGAGGAGGUAUCUCGUCUCUUCUUGAAAUCUGCCAGGCGGGGACACCUGGCUCUCAAGCUUUCGCCGCGGGCGUGUUGAGGAACUUAGCUUCGUUUGGAGAGAUUAAGGAGAAUUUUGUUGAGGAGAACGCUGUUUUUGUUCUUGUCUCUCUCGGUUCUUCAGGUACGGUUCCUGCUCGAGAGAAUGCUCUAGGAUGUUUGGCUAGUUUAGCUUCCGGGGAUGAGGAUAUGAUGAUGUUGAUUGUUAGAGAAGGAGGGAUUAAGUGUUUAAAGAGUUUCUGGGAUUCUGUUUCCGAUGCUAAGAGUCUCGAGGUAGUAGUUGUGCUUUUAAAGAAUCUAGCUUUGUGUCCUAUCGUAAGAGAUGUUGUUACCUCGGAAGGGUUUAUCCCACGUUUGGUUCCAGUGUUGAGCUGUGGGGUUCUUGGUGUUAGAAUCGCAGCUGCGGAAGCUGUUUCUUCGCUAGGGUUCAGCUCGAAAAGCAGGAAAGAGAUUGGUGAAAGCGGAUGCAUCGGUGCAUUGAUUGACAUGUUAGACGGUAAAGCUAUGGAAGAGAAAGAAGCAGCUUCGAAAGCUCUGUCGACGUUAUUGGUGUGCACAAGCAACAGAAAGAUUUUCAAGAAGAGUGACAAGGGCGUACUCAGUCUUGUUCAGCUCUUGGACCCGAAGAUCACGAAAUUGGAUAAGAGAUACACAGUCUCUGCGUUGGAACUGCUUGUUACUUCUAAGAAAUGCAGGAAACAAGUCGUUGCUGCUGGUGCUUGCUUGCAUCUGCAAAAGCUUGUGGAGAUGGAUGUUGAAGGAGCUAAGAAACUGGCAGAGAAUCUUGCUCGGAGUAAGAUUUGGGGCGUCUUCGCAAGGCCAUAGGAGAAUCUUGUCGUGUCGCUUUUUUCUAUAUGUUGUUUUAUUGUUCAUAAGGUUUGGUUGAUUGAAGUAGGGAGAGUUUAAUUGUUGAUUAGUUCUGUUGACAAAGAAUAAUAUCUCUGUAGAGUAUGUAAUCCUCUGUUUUUGUUUUUUCUUGGUGAGCUAAUCAUAUCAGAGUUUGAUCUUUCACAA